UUGCGGCAGUCGGUGAGGAGCCGUUGUCGGGCGGCAGGCCGGUGGCGACCAGCUGCGGAGAUGUGGUCCGUCCGAGUAGCCGCGGCCCUGGCCCGCGCCCUGCCCCGACAGGCCGGCCUGACUUCCAGAAAUGCUUUGGGAUCGGCUUUUAUUGCAACAAGGAACCUCCACGCCUCCAACGCUCGGCUUCAGAAAUCUGGCACUGCCGAGGUGUCCUCUAUUCUUGAGGAGCGUAUUUUAGGAGCCGACACCUCUGUGGACCUAGAAGAGACCGGGCGAGUACUGUCUAUCGGUGAUGGUAUUGCUCGUGUACAUGGGCUAAGAAAUGUUCAGGCAGAAGAAAUGGUGGAAUUUUCUUCGGGAUUGAAGGGUAUGUCUCUGAACUUGGAACCUGACAAUGUUGGCGUUGUGGUAUUUGGAAACGACAAGCUGAUCAAGGAAGGGGAUGUUGUCAAGAGAACCGGGGCCAUUGUUGACGUUCCGGUCGGUGAGGAGCUGUUGGGCCGUGUCGUCGACGCGCUGGGUAAUGCCAUCGAUGGAAAGGGUCCGAUUGGUUCCAAAGUCCGGAGGAGAGUUGGGCUGAAAGCCCCUGGCAUCAUUCCUAGAAUCUCUGUGCGUGAGCCCAUGCAGACUGGCAUUAAAGCUGUGGAUAGCUUGGUACCCAUUGGCCGUGGUCAGCGUGAGCUGAUUAUUGGUGAUAGACAGACUGGCAAAACAUCUAUUGCUAUUGACACGAUCAUUAACCAGAAACGAUUUAAUGAGGGAACUGACGAAAAGAAGAAACUGUACUGUAUCUACGUUGCUAUUGGUCAGAAGAGAUCUACUGUUGCCCAGUUGGUGAAGAGGCUUACAGAUGCAGAUGCCAUGAAGUACACCAUUGUGGUUUCUGCCACUGCAUCUGAUGCUGCCCCUCUUCAGUAUCUGGCACCCUACUCUGGUUGCUCCAUGGGGGAAUAUUUCCGAGACAACGGUAAACACGCCCUGAUCAUCUAUGAUGACUUGUCCAAACAGGCCGUGGCUUACCGUCAGAUGUCCCUGCUGCUGCGGCGUCCUCCGGGCCGUGAGGCCUACCCUGGCGAUGUGUUCUACCUGCACUCGCGUCUGCUGGAGAGAGCAGCCAAGAUGAACGAAACCUUUGGGGGGGGCUCUCUGACCGCCCUGCCUGUCAUCGAAACCCAAGCCGGUGACGUGUCUGCCUACAUUCCAACCAACGUCAUCUCCAUCACCGAUGGACAGAUCUUCCUGGAAACUGAGUUGUUUUACAAAGGUAUCCGCCCCGCCAUCAACGUUGGUCUGUCUGUGUCCCGCGUUGGCUCUGCUGCCCAGACCAGGGCCAUGAAGCAGGUGGCAGGUACCAUGAAGCUGGAAUUGGCCCAGUACCGGGAAGUGGCUGCUUUUGCUCAGUUUGGUUCUGAUCUGGAUGCCGCCACCCAACAGCUGCUGAGUCGUGGCGUGCGUCUGACUGAGCUGCUGAAACAAGGACAGUAUUCUCCCAUGGCAAUUGAAGAGCAAGUUGCAGUCAUCUACGCCGGUGUAAGAGGAUAUCUCGACAAAUUGGAGCCCAGCAAAAUCACAAAAUUUGAGAGUGCUUUCUUGGCUCACGUCAUCAGCCAGCACCAGGCCCUGCUGGGCAACAUCAGGACUGAUGGAAAGAUCUCAGAACAGUCCGAUGCAAAGCUGAAGGAGAUCGUCACCAACUUCCUGGCUGGUUUUGAAGCUUAAACUCCCACAGGUUGGCGUCCCGUGGCAGUUGGUCAUUGUGCUAGUGAUUCGGUUCCACUCGACAUAGGACUUGAAAAAAGCACGAGUGCUUUAAAUGUACAGAAAUCUCGUCGAAAAUAAAGGUUCCGUGUUAAUGUG